AGAGAGGAGCGCUCAGACAAUCAGUGUGUGUGUGUGUGUGUGUGUGUGUGUGAGUGAGAGAGAGAGAGAGAGAGAGGUAGAAACAAGAGGAGAGAGGAGCUGGCUGGGAAACAACAGUUGAACAACAAAUCCAGUGUUGCAUGCAGCCUCUCCGGAUACCUCUGCUGUCUUUCUGCUGCCGGUCACUGAAGACCCUGAUGGAUUAAGGCAGCAGGGGAUGGAGCAGCCUGCCCAAGAAACCCUCCUACUACCUAAAGCUUGCUGAAUUUGAACCUAUAGUGAGCUGACAGGAACAAAGCAGAGUCAAAGAUAAUCUCCUUUUGUGCAGCCCUGUGACAGAACAGACUGUGUAAGGAGGAGGAAGAAAAGGAACUACGUUACACGUUGGACAUCCCGUGAGGAUCGAGAGCCUCAGGGUGGCCCGAUCAUGAAACCUUCCAUCUCUGGGGGCUCCCCCUCUGGUCUUCUGCUGGUUCUAAUGUGCUGCCCCCUCCUGGGCUUGGUCCAUUCUGCCAGCAGCAGCAACAAGGCCAGCGAUAACGGACACGCACACCUGGGAGAUGCUGACCCAGACCGCUGCAUGAGGCAUCACUUUGUGGAGACCAUCACGCACCCAAUUUAUAAAUGCAACUCCAAGAUGGUGUUGCUGGCGCGCUGCGAGGGCCACUGCAGCCACACGACCCGCUCCGACCCCCUCAUCUCAUUCAGCUCAGUGCUCAAACAGCCCUUCAAGAGCACCUGCUCCUGCUGCCGGCCGCACACCUCCAAGCUGAAGGCGGUGAGGCUGCGCUGCACUGGCGGGACUCGCAUUACGGCCACUUACAGAUACAUCCUCGCCUGCAACUGCGAGGAGUGCAGCUGAGCCGACAGCAGCACCCUCCCAGACCCUCAAGACUCUCAAGAGCCGGCAUUUUUCUUGGCCACAGACCUUCCUCUCAAGCUGUCCAAAGCAUUUUGGUUGAUUAUUGGAUCAGAAAAUGGCCCCAGAGAUGCUGGUUGUUAACUUGUGAGUGAUAGUUUGGAGCAGUCAGAUCAGCCUCACGUGGGCCUUAAAAUUGACCUACAGCCCUUGGGACUCAGACAGAACAUACUAUACCCUCUCUAUUAUGUGCAUUCAAUCAGUACAAACAAUGCAAAGCAUAUUUCUUCAGCUCACAAGGCCAGACACCACAAACUGCAGCUCCCAGGAGCCUGCUGGAGACCCUCCUCGCUGCAGAGACACACUGCACUCAUUAUAAGCCUCCGUAAUUCAUAACACACACGCUCAAGAACCACAGAAUGAGAGCUCAUUGCAAAUAUCUGUAACAGCCUUCUCCCAGCUCCAUAAAAAAAAGAAAAAAAGAAAAAAAGCGUUUGACGACUAAACAAAAUGCCUCGUUAAAAAGCAGCAUGGGAAAGGACGAGCGGGUCUGCAUGAGCCCUGACAUGUGCUGGAUCUACAGUGGAGCACCUGCGCCGUGCUUACUCACCCAGUAACAUUUUACACACUCCCUGCAGACUUUCAUCUAGCUGUGUAAAACAUGACUGAUGCUGACAGGAGAGCUCAUCGAAUGAACAGUAAAAAAAAAAAAAAAAGUAGCAUAAGAGGAGCCCAGAGGAUGCAAGAAGACCACUGAUGAAGCUUUUAGCAGCCUCCGGGUCAGCGGCGUGGACUGUCAAUAGACUGCCGAGGGUAUCAGUGCUCAUUUAAAGUAUAACCUGUUCUACUUGGAUCUUUGUGAUGUUCAUGUUGACGUUAUUGUAACUGCCGCUACUAUCACGCCGGAUUGAUUAAACUUGCCGCUAUUGCCUGUAACGUAUUGUUAGUAAUGACAUGUCCUGUGUCCAACAUGAUGAAUACAGAACUUCGCACUCACUA